GCCUCCUAUCAUCCACAAUGAAUCGCCACUCCGAUUUCUCUCCAACAAAGAGUACCGAAAACCCUCUCUAUGGAGGCAACCAGACCGAUGAAGAUGGGUCGACGGUCAAAAGCUACAGGAUGUAUAACAAUGCUUUGUAUAGCAAAGGGAAUGAGAGUUCGAGUAGCCAGCUGGGUGUCAGUCUAACAGGAGAAGAAACUGUCAAUCAGGACAAUAUCUAUAGCAGCAUUGAAAGAAAAGUCAGCAACCGUUUUCCACUGCUUUCUUUGCUGCUAUCAGUUGUCGCACUGAUUGGUGUUGUGGUGGCAAUUGCAUUAGCUGCAACUCGAUCCAACUGUGGCUGCUCUCCGACAAGCAGUGAGCUCAUUAGUUCAGCUGCUGCAGCAUACAGCGCUGCCAUGGGAACUACUGGCUUACAGGAAUUAGAAACAAAUGUGACGUACCUAAUGUCGUCUGUUCAGCAAUUACAAAGAGACUUCAAAUUCUCUUUGGAUGAUACUAGAACAGAGUUGGCUGUGAAUAAUUGGUAUGCUGCUGAUUUACAACAGAAUAUGUCUAUUUUGUCAUCGAAACUGAAUGACUUACGUGGCGUUGUUGAUGAUUUGUUGAAGUCCAAGUUGGUAUGUAAACGGCCCUCAACAGUUCUGUUGUCCAACUUGACAAAGGCCUCCAGUCACACUUGA